AACUCAGCCCACCCAACUCAGCCAACCCAACUCAACCCAUCCAACUCCGCCCACCCAAAUCUACCACCACAACUCAGCCCACCCAACUCAACCCACCCAACUAAUCAAUCUCAGCACCAGAACCACCCAAUGGCUGCAACUCGAUCGACCCGAGCUCACCAAACGCGCAGCAGCUCAAAAAGGACCAGUUCCGCUGCAAAGACCCAGGCCACCCAUAAAAAAGGACAUGCAGUCAGAAAGCAAGCUAGCUCUUCCAGAAAGAAGGCAACAUCCGGAAAGCGACAACCUAACCAUACUGAUGAGAAUACGGACGAAAAUACUGAUGAGGAUGACCACCGCGAUACCACCCCUGAGCCCACAGCAACCCAGCAACAUAGGUCUUCUGCAACUGAGUCUGGCCAAUGUAACUCCGGCUCCAACAAUAUCCAACUAACUCUUGACAACUUCGAAAGCCAAUUAGACAAUUGGUCAAUACUUCAACUGCGCCAAACACUCAACAAAAACAAAGACACCCGAUCCAAUAGGAUUCCACCUGAAGUUCAAGAUUGA